UUGAUCCCUUCCGUCGAGAUCCGUUAAGAGGCGCCCUCCUCCUACUCCGGCGACAGAGAGGGAGGCCACCGACGGCGACCGGAGAUGUUCCUUGUGGACUGGUUUUACGGGGUUCUGGCGUCGCUGGGGCUAUGGCAGAAGGAGGCCAAGAUCCUCUUCCUCGGCCUCGACAACGCCGGCAAGACCACGCUCCUCCACAUGCUCAAGGACGAGAGGUUGGUUCAGCACCAGCCUACGCAGUAUCCAACUUCUGAGGAGCUGAGCAUCGGGAAGAUCAAGUUCAAGGCCUUUGAUUUGGGAGGCCAUCAGAUUGCUCGCCGUGUUUGGAAGGAUUACUAUGCUAAGGUUGAUGCUGUGGUGUACCUCGUUGACGCGUAUGACAAAGAGAGGUUUGCCGAAUCCAAGAAGGAGCUUGAUGCCCUCCUCUCAGAUGAUUCACUGGCAACCGUUCCCUUCCUGAUCCUGGGGAACAAAAUCGACAUCCCCUACGCCGCCUCGGAGGAAGAACUCCGCUACCACAUGGGGCUAAGCAACUUCACAACCGGAAAGGGCAAGGUGAGCCUGAGCGAGUCGAACGUCCGCCCCCUUGAGGUCUUCAUGUGCAGCAUCGUCCGCAAGAUGGGCUAUGGCGACGGGUUCAAGUGGAUGUCACAGUAUAUCAAGUAGAGCGGCAGGCAGGGGUGCGUGUUGAAAAGAAAGUGUUUAAAGUAGUCAUGAUGGUACUCCUGUUCUACCUUGCCUUGGCACAAGAGAGUUAGGGAGCUAGCUGGUCAUGGAUGUUCAUGGUGCUAGUACAUAUAUGUGGUGUAAUGGAUUCAGCGCAAAGUUCAUGGUCCUAGAUUUUUUUUUUUGUUCAGUUACAGUGUGAUGUUAAAAAGGUGAUAUGCUUUAAACUCCAUUGCUAAUGACACUCUGAAUGAUGAUCAUAGCUGUUACCUGUUAUAGUGUU